GCCAAGAACCCAAUCCAUCCCCAUCUUCUCUCUACCCCUCCCCCAAUCAGCGACUUCAUCUCCUUAUCUUCCUCCACUACUGUGCACAUGUAAGAUAAUUGAAACCAAAAAAAUUUCACACUUUGGUUGCUACUGUUGUUUCCUUAUCCUUGUCGAAAUGGCUUCCAUUUCUCUCCCUAAACACUCUCUGCCCUCUUUGCUUCCCACUCUUAAACCCAUAACCUCAUCUUCUCAAAACCUCCCAAUUCUCUCCAAGUCAUCGCAGUCACAGUUCUAUGGCCUCAAGUUCUCCCAUUCUACUUCUCUUUCAAUCCCAUCUUCUUCUUCGGUGAAGAAUACCAUUUUUGCCAAGGUAAACAAAGGACAGGUGCCUCCAUCCUUCACUUUGAAAGAUCAGGAUGGAAAGACUUUGUCCCUCUCCAAAUUCAAAGGGAAGCCUGUGGUUGUCUACUUUUACCCUGCAGAUGAAACCCCUGGGUGCACCAAACAGGCCUGUGCUUUUAGAGAUUCUUAUGAGAAGUUCAAGAAAGCAGGCGCUGAGGUUGUUGGAAUUAGUGGUGAUGACUCAUCAUCGCACAAGGCAUUUGCCAAAAAAUACAGACUUCCAUUUACAUUGCUGAGCGACGAAGGUAACAAGAUAAGGAAAGAGUGGGGAGUGCCAGCAGACCUGUUCGGGACCUUACCUGGGAGACAGACAUAUGUUCUGGACAAGAAAGGGGUGGUCCAACUCAUCUACAACAAUCAGUUCCAACCUGAAAAGCAUAUUGAUGAAACCCUGAAACUACUUCAAAGCCUUUGAACCAUCCAUUCUAUGUUGUCUUGCUCUCGUCUCCACCUUUUCCCCCAUUAUUCUAUUUCUUGAAGGUAUGAAUAAUUCUUGCUGUAUCCAAUCCCUUGUAAUUACUAGUUAUUAUCUGGGUUUGGACCCUUUGUUUCGUGUAACAGAAAUACUCUUUUUUUCCUUGUCUUUUGUUAUGAAUACUUGCUAAAAUGUCGGUUGUCGUAGCAUAAUGAAAUUACAUAUGGAUUCAA